AUGGAUUUCAUGAUAUCAAGUUUUGCUAAUGAACAGACAGAUCCAGCUUUUGAAAGCCGGAAGGUAUUUGUAAAGGAAAAAUUAUGGGAAAAGACCGCUGCGACAGUUAUUGGAAUGGGGAUGGUUAUGGAACCGAGUAAUUCUAAAAAUAAUUGUCUUCCACCAGAAAUAGAAGAGGGUAAUGUAGAAUACAAGGUAAAGUUAGUGAAUCCAUCGUCUAGUCGUAUGCAGCAUUUGAUUACACAAAUGAAAUGGCGGCUGAGGGAAGGUCAAGGAGAAGCGAUUUACGAACUGGGCGUUGAGGAUGGAGGAGCUAUGGCAGGUUUAACAGACAGAGAACUGGAAGCUUCAAUGAAAACUAUUAGAAAAAUGGCCACUGCCCUCAGUGCGAGUCUUGUUGUGCUUAGUGAACGUGAAGUAGGUUCUGCAACAGAUGGUACUCUUAAGCGUUACGUUGUCGAGGUUUUAGUCAGAAAGGUCCCUGACAAUCAGCAGUUUAUUGAAUUGAGGCUGGCGUUUCUUGGUGGAGUUGGUUCAGGAAAGUCAACUCUCUGUGGCGUGCUAACGCAGGGGGUGUAUGAUAAUGGUCAUGGGAAGGCUCGCUUAAGUAUGUUUAGAUAUUUACAUGAACUUCAAACAGGUCGCACAAGUUCUGUUUGCCUUGAUGUUAUAGGAUUUGAUUCAAGGGGGAAGUUGAUAAAUUAUGCCGAACAUUCGCUGGAGGAAAUGGUAGAGAACUCUACUAAACUUAUUACACUUAUCGAUUUAGCUGGUGACAGACGGUAUUUGAAGACAACCAUUUAUGGGUUAACAGGUUACUAUCCUCACUUUGCUGCAUUGGUCAUCAGUGCCGUUACCGGUCCCACUUCAGUUACGCGUGAGCAUUUGGGUGUAGCAGUUGCCUUGAAUAUAUCAGUUUUUGUUGUGGUGACUAAAACUGAUGCAGUUUCAACAAGUGGACUACAAAAAACCCUGAAAAGUAUUGAGAAGCUGCUCAAGCGUCCAGGCAGAACCCCAAGCAAAAUUCGGAAAGUAAAUACGCUUGAAGAUGCAGUAAGCUGUGCGUCUCUAAUGAUAAGCCAGGAUAUAGUCCCAAUCAUUCCGGUGUCUUGCGUCACUGGUUUGAAUUUGAACUUGCUGGAAAGCUUUCUCAACGUCCUUCCAACUAGUGGCCUGUCAAAAUCAAAGCAAGAAGAACUUUCCCUCGUGGCGCCAUUGUUUUGUGUAGACGAGGUUUUUACUGUUCCUCACGUGGGCACUGUUGUUUGUGGACUCUUAACUGAUGGCAUGAUGAGUGAAGGAGAUUUGAUAAAAAUUGGUCCUGAUCUUAAGGGCACCUACCAUACGAGGAAGAUUGAAAGUAUACACCGGAAUAAACAGCCAGUGAGGUCUAUCAAGCCUGGCGAAGCAGCUUCUAUAGCUAUUUCUCUCACAAAGUUCUUCAGCAGUGCAGUAGAAAUAAGAAAAGGGAUGGUGAUGAUUAAUGAGAAAGAUGAGGGAGUAGCUUGCCGACGAUUCACAGCUCGAUUUUAUUUACUGUAUCAUAAUGCUCCAGAAAUCUGUCUUGGGUUCCAAGCUACAGUUUACAUUGGUUCAGUAUGUCAGACAGUAACAAUUGUUGGUUUGGAUGCUCCGUCUGUUCUUCCACUGGUAUGGAUUACCGCUCGAUUUGAGUUUUAUAAGCACCCGGAAUUCGUACGUGUUGGAACUCCUCUGAUUUUUCGAGAGGGCAAAACCAAGGGUAUGGGAGAAGUAAUCGAUGUAGAAAUCUUAGGAGAAAAGUAA